AUGACAAACAUUCUCUUCGUUGCGCUUAUCAGCAGAGAUGCAAAGCCGCUCUACAUGCAGAUGUUUGACGAACGAACGCAGAAUAUGAGCAGUUCAGCAACAGCUCCUCUGGAAGGAGAGAAUCAGGACAAUGGUGUUCCCAAAGAAAACCCAGGAUUGUUCCUCAAAUACAACUUUCUCGCACACAUGGCGCUAGACGUUUUUGCAUCACCCAUGGCGCUAUUGUCUCGAGAAACUGCAGUUGACGGUGUGGCCCUCCUCUUUGUCCAGGAUAGCGUAUCAGUUUAUGGAAUGGAAUCUAAUAAUGGCCUCAAGAUCGUAGUGGGAAUGGACAACGAAUGCGAAAACAACACUCUCCGCGAUUUAUUCGGACGUAUCUUCCGAUGCUAUAUUCGCACAGUUUGCAAUCCAUUCUCUGAGGUGUUGGGGGUAAGAGAUUGUGAGAACAUGCUUCAAACAGAGCGCUUCGAUGCACGGAUAAAAGAGGCCAUUAGACUAAUGUAG